ACCAGAGACACACAGAGAUACAAGCAGGGGAGGGAGAAGAAGCAAGGGGGAGAGGGACGCCCUGUGAGAAAGGUCCGGGACCCCGCAGAGCAGCGGGGGGAGCAGAAUUUAGGGUGAUUUGACAGCCCGACAAUUGUUAUCGAACUAUAGAACUUGUGUCGCUAAGUUUUCUUUAGAAAAGCAGUUGACCGAGCUCCCAGAAAGUUACCUUCUGGACAUUUUGAUUCAGAGAGAAGACACAAACCGCGGCAGUGUUUGUUCUGGGCGUCCCGGCUGUAGCUACUCCAAGUCUGCCUGCAGACAGCUGAUCUCCGGUCCAGGCGGCUCCGGGUUGCAUGGUGGUGCUUCGGCUGCUCCAGCGGCUCAACAAAUGCAGAAAAGGGAGAAAAGUUUCGGUAUACAAAUGCUUUCCGUCCAGCCGGACACCAAGCCAAAAGGCUGUGCCGGCUGCAAUCGGAAGAUCAAGGACCGCUACCUGCUGAAGGCCCUCGAUAAGUACUGGCACGAGGACUGCCUCAAGUGUGCCUGCUGUGAUUGCAGGCUGGGUGAGGUGGGAUCCACUCUGUACACCAAAGCCAACCUCAUCCUGUGCCGGAGAGACUACCUACGGUUGUUUGGUGUAACAGGGAAUUGUGCAGCCUGCAGCAAGCUAAUUCCAGCCUUUGAGAUGGUCAUGAGGGCCAAGGAGAACGUCUACCACCUGGACUGCUUCGCAUGCCAGCUCUGCAAUCAGAGGUUUUGUGUUGGAGACAAGUUUUUCCUGAAGAACAACAUGAUUCUGUGCCAGACAGACUAUGAAGAAGGGCUAAUGAAGGAGGGUUACGCUCCUCAGGUCCGCUGACCUUCAUAAACCAACAUGGAAGAAGAGGAGGAAGAGGAGGAGUGGGAGAAACUCAAGAGAAAGUGCUAAUGACCAGCUCUUGUUCCCCACGUGUACAUAAGUAAGCAAGACUUCCCUGAGAGGGGACACGCACUGUUGUACAGAACAGCCAUAGAGACUGUGGCAGGGAAAUGCCCUGGAAGCCUACAACAAACUACACAUAUGAAAAACCUGUUUGUAUAGUUCUUUGUUCAUAAAUGAUGGAUGCUGCGUUUUCCCACCUAACCGACAAAUACUGUCCACAAAGCAGUUUUUAACCAACAGCUGAUAUUGGUUGCUGAAAAAUGCCUCCUAAAACCAGACUAGUUUCAUUUCACCUAACAAAGACAUACAGCAUGCCACCUACGUGCACCGAACUGAGUCUGAACUGAACUGUCAAUCAAUAUUAUUCUGUGCUAAAGGACAGAAACCCACCCAAAAUCCUCAGAUUAAAAAUGUAAUGAAAGUAAAGAGUCAAAAUAACACCUUUGGAAGUGUGUGUGUGUGUGUGUGUGUGUCUUGCACGGUUCCAACAUUGGCACGACUAUAUCAGCAAAUGAAAAAGCUGCACUGGCUAACGGGCUAACAUUGUGAAAUAAUCAGUGCUUCCUGGAUGUAUGAAACAUUAUCAUUAAAGAUGCAGAUUUGGAGAACACUUCACUGAGACCGUAGCCGAGUGUUGGCGGUCUGUUUUUCUGGUGGCACCAUUCAAUCGGCUAAUGAAAGUGUGACUGGCUGUUUUAAUGAAAUUAAAAACAUAUUUUCUGCACAAAGCGAGCAGCUUAUGUACACUACAUUAACACUGUACACAGUUAAUAAAAAUCACUACUCUGGUACAGAUAAUCAUCCAGCCUUCAGCAAUUCUGAACCUCUGAGCUUCUGGCUGUAGGACCAUACAGCAUUCACAUCAAUGCUGGACAGCAGAUGGGGAAGGCAUAUAUGUUAGAUAUUUUUCCCUGUAACCAGAGCAAAAAUUAAAGCAUGCAUCAGGUGUCCAAAGGUCUAACUGCUGAAGUUGCCUCAUGUCUGGAUGUGUAAACAGGCAACUGUGUGCUAACACCUUAGCCAAAAGAUUUAUUGGGGAAUAGAAUACAGUAUUUCAGCUCGUUCUGCAGCCCUCAAGUGUAUAAAAAUCUAUAAGAAAACCUUAAAAUGUUACAGAACAGACUUAAGCGUGGAUAUUGCAUGUUUGACUAGAGUCAUUUCCAUUCCAUCAGAGAUCAUUUCAGCAGUAUUUUAGGCAGUUUGGACUGCAGGCUGUGAUGGAAGGAAGUUAUUAUUAAAAACUUACAGUCACUAGUCAAAGUGACACAUGAGGAAAUGCUCAUGCGGGUUGUUGUAGAGGUUUUAGGGACGAUUUUUAGGGAUGUGGAUUGUAGAAUGUUGAACAGGACUUUAGUUUCAGUUAACUGGACUCUGCAGCAUGUCAGUCACCUUAAGACCCCCUCACAAUCAUCUUGGCUACAAUGGCUUCCUGGUACAGAAGAAUCCUGUCCGAGUCAGCUGAGAAGAAAAAAUACAUUUCAUCUUUCUGCAUUAAUUAACACAUCUGAGCUUGUGCAGUAGCACACAGCACCAUUUCUUAACAAGGAAAACCUUCUCUAAUUUGUAAAUUGUGGCUGUACAUAAAAGAAAUACUCAUUUUUGCUUGCUUGUACAAUGAUUUCUUUUUAAGUGUCAUCCAGCAUGAGAUGUUUAUUUUUUAGGACAAUGCUUGUAAAUACUAUAAUUGUAAUAAUUUUAAGCACAAAUGUAAUACAGUUUUAUUGUCUUACCAGUGGUUAUGGUGUCUUUCUUCCUACUGUACUUCAGUAUUGGUAUUUGAAGAACUUUUACACAUACCUUACAAAUAGAUUUGUAUUUGUAUUUGAUUCAGUGUUCGCUGAAGCCACAGAGGUUGAGUAUCAGCCUCCAGAAAGGAGCUGUUUGC